AUGUUCAGGAAACUUGAGGAAGAAUACGAUAGAUGGGGACUCAAUAUCAACCUCACAAAAACCGAAUACCUGAAAGUAGGAGAAGAACAAACUGAAGAUUCUGAACUACACAUACAUGAAAUUAAAAGGUGUAGCGAAUAUAAAUAUUUAGGAAGUAUUAUAUCUGAAGAAGGGAACUCCAAGAAAGAUAUACAUAGUAGAGUUCAACAAGGUAAGAAAGUAAUCCGUCUUUUAAACCAUCUCCUGUGGUCAAAUAAAACAUCCAUCCAAACAAAGAUAAGGAUUUACAAAGCAAUCGUAGAGCCAAUUUUAACAUACGGUGCCGAAUGCUGUCAAUUUACAGCAAAAGAAAGAAGGAUGGUCGAGUCAGUGGAGAUGGACUUUCUCAGAAGAGUAUGUCGCAUAUCAAGGAUGGCACACAUUAGAAAUGAGGAGAUCAGGCAAAGAACAAGGCGAAUAUAUACCAGCACCGACAACAUCGAAUCGAGACAGCUACUAUGGUAUGGGCACGUAAAAAGAAUGGGAGGGGAAAGAUGGCCAAAAAGGGAAAUGGAGUAUCGUCCACAAAGCAGAAGGAAAAGAGGAAGACCUACAACUACUUGGUUAGAUGGAGUAGACCAGUACAUGAGAGAUAGAGCUAUUAACCAGGAAGAAUGGCAAAAUCGAACAAUAUGGAGGUCGAAAUGCGGGAUGCGGCAGAAGCUGUAG